CACCAAUGUGCAACAGCCGCCUACUUCUCCUCUCCGCCAUCGCUGCGCCGGCGCGAGGGCUCGCCAUAGCCGCGAGCCCCGCGGGCGCGUGGUGGCCCGCGGCUGGCGCGGAUGCCGGGGCGGCGCCUGGUUUGGGCGCCGGGCGCGCAGCGGCGGUGCCCGCAGCGAGCCGAGAUGACUGGGAGGAGGGCUCAUACUCUGCGGCGAUCGUCGCCUGCGCCGACUCGGGUGACUGGGAGUCGGCGUGCAGCCUGCUCCGCGAGAUGGACGGCGCAGGCUUCCGCAUCCAGGGGCGGCCGCUCACCGCUGCGCUGCGAGCGACGGCGGCUGCGGGCGAGUGGGGCGCCGCGAUGUCGCUGCGGCGGACGGCGCAGGAGCGGGGCGUGGCACUGUCGCGCGCAGGGUACGCGCACCUCAUCGGCCUCGCCGUCGACUCGGGCCGCGACGACGACGCCGCGCGCCUCUACGCGGCCGCCGCCGGGGAGCGAAAGUUUAGUCACUGGCGUGACGACGAGCCGCUCACACUUGACUUGCACGACAUGAGCACGGCGGUGGCGGCGACGGCGGUCCGCGUGCAAGUAGUUCCCGACCUCGUGCGACAGCGCGUGGCGCACCGCCGUCGCCGCCACCGCCGUGCUCAUGUCGUGCAAGUCAAGUGUGAGCGGCUCGUCGUCACGCCAGUGACUAAACUUUCGCUCCCCGGCGGCGGCCGCGUAGAGGCGCGCGGCGUCGUCGUCGCGGCCCGAGUCGACGGCGAGGCCGAUGAGGUGCGCGUACCCUGCGCGCGACAGUGCCACGCCCCGCUCCUGCGCCGUCCGCCGCAGCGACAUCGCGGCGCCCCACUCGCCCGCAGCCGCCGUCGCUCGCAGCGCAGCGGUGAGCGGCCGCCCCUGGAUGCGGAAGCCUGCGCCGUCCAUCUCGCGGAGCAGGCUGCACGCCGACUCCCAGUCACCCGAGUCGGCGCAGGCGACGAUCGCCGCAGAGUAUGAGCCCUCCUCCCAGUCAUCUCGGCUCGCUGCGGGCACCGCCGCUGCGCGCCCGGCGCCCAAACCAGGCGCCGCCCCGGCAUCCGCGCCAGCCGCGGGCCACCACGCGCCCGCGGGGCUCGCGGCUAUGGCGAGCCCUCGCGCCGGCGCAGCGAUGGCGGAGAGGAGAAGUAGGCGGCUGUUGCACAUUGGUG